AUGGAAAUGGAAGAAGGGUUUAUCCACCCAAUAACUUUGUUCAUCUUUGGGUUUUUAUUUAGCCAGGGGCUCAAUCUUUCUCCUGUGGCGGCAACAAGCACAAUCAGACUUGGGGAUGAACUCAACUCCACUAGCCAGCUUGUUUCUAACGAUGGGGUCUUUACAUUAGGCUUUUUCAGUAUUGAGGCCACAAAUUACAGUUAUUUAGGAAUAUGGUACACAAAAGAUGAUCAAUCCAGGAGGGUAUGGGUUGCCAAUCCAAACACACCCAUCAAAAACAAUUCCGGAGUGCUCAGAAUGGACACUGCAGGGAGGUUGGUAAUCACCGCCGGAGGGACAACCAUCGUGGUGGUUUCCGACAAAAGCGGCGCCAAUGCGGCUGCUACAUUGGAGGAUAAUGGGAACUUUAUUUUGGCUGAUGAAACUGGGAAGCGGACUUUGUGGCAAAGUUUUGACCAUCCUACCAAUGUGCUAUUGCCUGGCAUGAAACUCGGGUUUAACCGAUCCACGGGACAGAAUUGGACGCUUACUUCUUGGCUGAGCGACAAUCUCCCAUCUACAGGGGCCUUCACCCUGAGCUGGGAACCCACCAUAGACUCAGCUUCAGGGCAGCUGGCCAUUCACCGCCGAGGCGAGCUUUAUUGGACUAGUGGCCUUCUGGAAGGCCAAAAAUUUGUGUACAUGCCUAUUUUGAAUAGUGAUAUUAUGGAGUACCAUUACAAACUCCGCCAAGUGUUUGAUGAAAAUGGGAAUUACUUCACUUUUGAUGCUAUUACUGGCAGUUUUUUGAUGUGGACCUUGUUGCCGGAGGGGAAUAUUCUCGACGGUGGAAACACUAAUUUUUACAUUUCCCCUGCUGAUUUUGUUAUGGGUAUCAGUUGGAUAAUGGGUGUGUGA